AUGCAGGCGCGCUACUCGGUGUCGGACCCCAACGCCUUGGGAGUGGUGCCCUACUUGAGCGAGCAAAACUACUACCGGGCAGCGGGCAGCUACGGCGGCAUGGCCAGCCCCAUGGGCGUCUACUCCGGUCACCCGGAGCAGUACGGCGCCAGCAUGGGCCGCUCCUACGCGCUACACCACCAGCCCGCGGCGCCCAAGGACCUGGUGAAGCCGCCCUACAGCUACAUCGCGCUCAUCAUGGCGAUCCAGAACGCCCCCGAGAAGAAGAUCACCCUGAACGGUAUCUACCAGUUCAUCAUGGACCGCUUCCCCUUCUACCGCGAGAACAAGCAGGGCUGGCAGAACAGCAUCCGCCACAACCUGUCGCUCAACGAGUGCUUCGUGAAGGUGCCGCGCGACGACAAGAAGCCGGGCAAGGGCAGCUACUGGACGCUCGACCCAGACUCCUACCACAUGUUCGAGAAUGGCAGCUUUCUACGGCGACGCCGGCGAUUCAAGAAGAAGGACGUGCCCAAGGACAAGGAGGAGCGGGCCCACCUCAAGGAGCCGCCCCGGCUGCGGCCAAGGGGCGCCCCAACGGGGACCCGGGUAGCGGACGCGCCCAAGGAAGCCGAGAAGAAAGUUGUGGUCAAGAGCGAGGCGGCGUCACCCGCAUUGCCCGUCAUCACUAAGGUGGAGACGCUGAGUCCCGAGGGCGCGUUGCAGGCCAGUCCCCGCAGCGCAGCCUCCACUCCCGCUGGCUCCCCAGACGGCUCGCUGCCUGAGCACCACGCCGCGGCGCCCAACGGGCUGCCAGGCUUCAGCGUGGAGACCAUCAUGACGCUGCGCACGUCGCCUCCGGGAGGCGAUCUGAGCCCGGCGGCCGCGCGCGCCGGCCUGGUGGUGCCGCCGCUGGCUCUGCCUUAUGCCGCCGCGCCACCCGCCGCUUACGCGCAGCCUUGCGCGCAGGGCCUGGAGGCUGCGAGCUCGGCGGGCUACCAGCGCAGCAUGCGGGCCAUGACGUACACCGGGACCGAGAGACCCGCGCACGUGUGCGUCCCGCCCGCUGACGAGGCUCUGUCGGACCACCCGAGCGGCCCCGGCUCCCCACUCGGAGCCCUCAACCUCGCGGCGGGCCAGGAGGGUGCGCUGGGGGCCGCAGGUCACCACCACCAGCAUCACGGCCACCUCCAUCCGCAGGCGCCGCCGCCCGCCCCGCAGCCCCCUCCCGCCCCGCAGCCCGCCACCCAGGCCACCUCCUGGUAUCUGAACCACAGCGGGGACCUGAGCCACCUCCCUGGCCACACGUUCGCCACCCAACAGCAAACUUUCCCCAAUGUCCGGGAGAUGUUCAACUCGCACCGGCUGGGACUGGAAAACUCGACCCUCGGGGAGUCCCAGGUGGGCAAUGCGAGCUGUCAGCUGCCCUACCGAGCCGCGCCGUCCCUCUACCGUCACGCGGCCCCCUACUCCUACGACUGCACCAAAUACUGA